GUUCAGUGUCACUAUGUGUCAAUUUCACCUACAGGAACCGGCCAAUAAGAUGCGGGCCUAAUCCUGGGGCUUUGUGCUUUGACCACGCUAAUCAAGGCCGAACAUUCUUACUGUCAUUCCCUAUCCAAUUCCUGGUACGGCUCCCGAAGACCCGAACGCCAUUAUCGGAGUUGGGUCCAUAGCCUAAUCCUGCUGCCGGUGCGGUGCUGCUUCGCUAUGCUGGAAGGCUGUCCUGAGUGAUGAGGAGCUGAGGGCUUCGCCGCCCGAGUAGUAUCGCUUCUUGCUUCGCUCCUUCGGUCAAAUCUUUGGGGCCUCUGAGUAAGGGCGCUUGAAUCUUUAUGGGAAUUUGGUAGCUGGUGGACUGGGAGGACGAGGAUUCCCCAUUCGGCGAGAAAGAUGAGUAGAUCCGCAAGUAUAUUUCAAGUCCUUUUGGUUUUUACAACCAUUCUUGCUCAGACUCAAUGGGCUAGUGUAUCUGGGAUGUACUGCAAGAACUUGACAGCGGCGGUAGAUAGGCCCCACAGUGCCUCAAUAACCGAUUUUGGUGCUGUUGGAGAUGGUGUAACUCUUAACACAAAAGCAUUUCAGAAUGCAGUCUUCUACCUCAGGUCAUUUGCUGACAAGGGCGGGGCACAGCUCUUUGUGCCUGCUGGAAGGUGGUUGACUGGAAGUUUUAGUCUAAUCAGCCAUCUCACAUUGUCACUGGACAAGGAUGCAGCAAUUCUUGGAUCACAAGACUCAUCUGAUUGGCCAGUUAUUGAUCCUCUUCCAUCCUAUGGGCGUGGCAGAGAACUCCCUGGUAAAAGACAUCAAAGUCUAAUAUUUGGAUCCAACCUUACUGAUGUGAUAAUAACUGGUGCUAACGGCACCAUUGAUGGCCAAGGUGCAAUUUGGUGGGACUGGUUUCACAACCACACAUUGAAUUAUACUAGACCACCUCUUGUUGAACUGAUGCACUCCACCAGAGUUGUUAUUUCCAAUCUAACCUUUACAAAUUCACCAUUUUGGAACAUCCAUCCUGUGUACUGCAGCCAAGUUCUUGUCCAGCAUCUCACGAUCCUAGCACCUAUCAGUUCACCAAACACUGACGGCAUUGAUCCAGACUCAUCUACAAACGUGUGCAUUGAAGAUUGUUACAUAAGAAAUGGUGAUGACAUUGUCGUCAUCAAGAGUGGGUGGGAUGAAUAUGGCAUUUCUUUUGCUCAUCCUAGCUCCAACAUUAGCAUCCGCAACAUCACAGGACAGACAAGGAGCAGCGCUGGGAUCGCCUUUGGAAGCGAGAUGUCAGGUGGCAUAUCAAAUGUUCGAGCAGAGGACAUCCGCAUAGUCAACUCAGUGCAUGGGAUCAGAAUCAAGACCGCCCCAGGGCGCGGAGGAUACGUGAAAAAUGUGUAUGUAGCUGAUGUGAGCAUGGACAACGUUUCCAUAGCCAUCAGGAUCACUGGAAGCUAUGGUGAACAUCCUGACGAUAACUACGACAGGAAUGCACUCCCCAUCAUAAGCAACAUAACUAUCAAGGACGUCGUGGGUGUCAACAUUGGUGUUGCGGGAAUGUUGCAGGGCAUCCCAGGGGACAACUUCAGCAAUAUUUGCAUAUCAAAUACUUCCCUCAGUGUCAAAUCUAUUGCUGACCCAUGGAAUUGUUCACUUGUCGAAGGGUAUUCGAGCUCUGUGUCCCCAGAGAUAUGCGACCAACUUAGAAACAGCCCUGAGCCCGGACAAGCAUGCUACGACGGUAAUUACUAUCCAGCUGCGGCAGUACAACCGCAGGCGCCACAAAAGUCAAGUGCUAGCAGUCUGGUAAAUCCUUUCCGUAAGUUGGUUUAAGAAUAGGUAACCUUGAGUGUCUCCACUUGAUGCAGUCAUUUCUUUUUUUUCCUGCUGUUUGGUAAUGCACUACAAGAAUGUGUAAUAUUUUAUUUGUACAAUUAAACCCCUCUACUCCAUUUUUGUUGAUUUGAUUCCUUCAUCCUUCUGCUA